AUGACGACCCUUACACCCCGCACACCGUAUUCGCAGGAAGAGCUCAACAAGCUCUACCCUAAAGGCCUUGAGCUGCGACUUGUCCAGGUUCUCCUUCGCCAUGGUGAGCGUGCGCCUGUAUCAGCUCGUUUCGGCAAUGCAGGCCUCCCCGCCUACUGGCCGUACUGCAAUGCAGCCCAACGCCUGCGCUCGGUCACCAUGACCACCAACGAUGUGUCUCAAUGGGAUAGUCUACAGUGGCGGAGGCGACUCGAGACAUUCGGUAACGACGACGGACCGCUCAUCGCUGCUGGGCCAGCUGGGGAGGUGGAUGGUAUCUGUCAAUUUGGUGAGCUCACCGACAAAGGGCGACAGACGACCUACGAACUCGGCCGCCGCCUACGGCAUCUCUACGUAGAUCAGCUUCACUUUAUGCCGAAACUCAUCGCCAAUGCCGAUCUGAUCUACCUGCGUGCGACUCCUCUCCCGCGAGCCCUCGAGUCUGUCCAGCAGACUUUCUGGGGCAUGUAUCCGCUCACCGCACGAACCGCAUCGUUCCCUGCACCUACGAUUGUCACACGUACUCCCGCCGACGAAACCCUCUUCCCGAACGACAGCAAUUGUAGGCGCUUUGCGCAGCUGUCACGGGCCUUUGCCCAACGAGCAGCAGACCGCUGGAACGAAACGGACGAUAUGAGAUAUCUCACGAAACUGAUGGGCAAAUGGAUGCCAGAAAGCAGUCCCAACGUCGCCGUGGAUUCACAUCCUAGAUUGUCGGGUAUAAUGGACACAAUCAACAGUACCUUGGCCCACGGGCGUGAGACGAGACUGCCGAAAGAGUUCUACGACGCGAAAGCUAGAGACAUCAUCGACAAGAUCGGUGUGGAAGAGUGGUUUGCCGGGUACAACGAGAAUAGGGAGUACCGCACGCUCGGAAUUGGAAGCUUGAUGGGGGAUAUCGUGGAAAGGAUGACGAGUAAAGUUGAAGGAGCAGGAUUGAGUAUCAACGAAAUCGGGGGGGAGAACGGAAGGCUAGGAAAGGGCAGAGGAGGAGAAAUGGGCAUUCGAUUCGCGAUGAGUGGAUGCCAUGAUACUACCCUCGCCGGAGUCUUGACCAGCCUAGGCGCCUUCAAUGGCGAAAAGUGGCCGCCUUAUACGAGUCACAUUGCUUUCGAACUAUUUCGAGCUCGCAACGAUGAGGACAGUGAUGACUCUGGAAAAGACACAGAGUUCUUGACACCAACGACGCCGACGAGCACCGAGCCAAAAGCCCAGGACACGAAACCGGGUCUCUUUGCUAGUUUCUUGGGGUUGAGAGGUUCGGAAACACAGUCUUCAUCUAACAGCGGGUCAAGCAGUCCACUCUCGACACCAAAACUCAGCCGUGGUUCUGGUAUUGCGACAAGCAUCCCCCCGAAAGAUCUGGUCGCCAGGUCGGCCUGGAGUGAGCUAUCGGAAAAGCAAAAGGAGCGCCUCGACGGAUAUUAUGUGCGCGUCAGGUACAAUGACAAAGUGAUGAGGGUACCUGCAUGCGCGAAAGAGGGCAACAAUUACCAGGGUGACGACACUCUGUGUACAUUUGAGGCAUUCAAACGCGUCUGCGACAGCUACACCCCCAAGAACUGGAAGGUUCAAUGCGGGCAGAACCUAGAUAAGCCUGCUGAUGGGCUUGAGAGUCCGGCGCAAAUGGCUGGGCAGAUCGAAAAUGGCUUCUGA